UUCUAACGUUAGUUAUUGUCAAUAAUUAUUGUAUUAUUUGAAAUUUAAAAUAAGUCACUCUGUGUAGUACGCAUAUAAAAACAGGAUAAUAAUUUUACAACACAACCGGUUGUACGUAAGUACGUUAGUAGAACAGUAUGAUUUUAAUUUAGGAAAAUCCGUCUCUGGUUGAUUAAACUAGUACUGCAUUCUUGAAACUCAGAUAUUCCCACAAAGUACCGACGUCACUCCAAAAAAAAAACCUGAGAUAAACAAGCCAACUAAAAUUUGAAAUGUCUUAAAAACAGCUAUUCAAAAAUCGCACAGUGAAUUCUAAAUAAUUUGGGACGUGGUUUGAAAUCAUUAAUGUAAAUAUUUAAUGUUGUCUUCUGAAUGACUACGAAAGACUUACAAACAUUGAUAUAAUUACUCAAUUGGUGAUUAUUCUAAAGAUAAUAACAGUUUUUAGUGGUUUAGAAUUAUCUACCAUUCCUAGUUAAUCUUGACGAGGUGAUGGUCAUUAAACAUUUUUAAAGAUCAGUGACCAGUUCAUGCUCUCGAGUUAUUUUUGUUGUUUUCAAAUCAGUUAAAAAGUGUUAGAAAUAAUGUUUGUUUUUCGGAUUUUGUAUUUCAGUGUUUGUGUUUGUUUGAUAAAAUGUGAACUAGAAACCUACCGUUUGUGUCCGGUGGCAGCACAUCCAAUACAUUAUUCACUAAAAAUAGAGCCAAAUUUCGAAAAAGACAAUUUUUUCGGUGAAGUGUCAAUAGUUGUGAGAACCCAAAGGGACUUAGAUGGUAUAAUCCUCCAUAGCUCCAAUUUAACAAUAUCAGAAGUGACGAUUAAUCAAAAAACUGCAUGUUAUAAGGAACUACAAUAUCAAAAGUUAAAGGUGUUUUAUCAAAAUGAAAAUAUUCAACCAGGGGAGCAUAUCAUAAAUAUUAAAUAUAUUGGUCUGAUCGCAAAGAACAAUGGGUUCAUUCGAGCUACAUUUGGAAAUGAAGAUAAUGAAGUAUACAUUUUUGUUACUGAUCUGGAACCCACAUACGCUAGAACAGUCUUUCCUUGUUUUGACGAACCUUCUUUCAAAGCAAAAUUUAAUAUAAGACUAAUCUCUCCAAAUAAUACAUUCAGAGCCAUUUCGAAUAUGCCUGAAAUUAAAAGAUUCAAUACAACAAACGAAUCGAAUGUAUAUGAUUUUACUACAUCGGUGAGGAUGUCAACUUAUUUGUUAUCUUUUGCUUUUACCGACUCGAAAUAUACAUAUUAUGAAAAAAAUUUCGAACACAAUGGAAAAAUAAUCCCAAUCAGGAUUCAUACUGUUAAUGCUAGCGAAGCAAAUAACAAUUUUGCUUUUCAAUGUGCUGCAUCAGCCUUGAAUUUCUACUCGGAAUAUACAAACAUAAGCUAUCCCAUGCAAAAGUUAGAUAUGAUAGAAUACAGAAGAAAUUUAACUGCAGCCACUGAAAACUGGGGGCUUAUCACUUUUAGGGAAGGACUGCUUACGCCCUCAUUGGGAUUUUACAAUAGAUAUCAAGUAAAAUUGGUAAUGUUUCAUGAACUAGGUCACUUUUGGUUUGGAAACUUAGUAACAAAUGAUUGGUGGAUGGAUCUUUGGUUGCAAGAAGGAUUCGCCACAUACAUGAGUUAUAAAUUGUUAGCUAAAGAUAGCACAAAAAACAAAACUGUGGUAGACGAAAUGAGAACGUUCAGUUUUAAUGAUUAUUUUGAAACUGACAUCACUACUAAUACACCAGCAAUAGUCACUUAUUUGGACAAACCGGAGAAAAUAGAAACCGUUUUCAAUGACAUAGUUUAUUAUAAGAGUGCGGCCAUCCUUUAUAUGUUAGAAGAUCUAAUUGGCGAAGAGACAUUUCAAACAAUCAUAAGAAAAUUCUUAAAGAAGCACGCUUAUUGUACUGUUACUACUAACGAUUUCAUCGCAUUGUUGGAACAGGUAGUUAAGGACGAGCCUUUGAGGGAUUUUGUAGAAAGUUAUUUGUUCCAGAAAAAGUUUCCUGUAAUAUCAGUAGAUAUACUCGAGAAUUCUACGUAUGUUUUUACUCAGUCACCUAGUGUAAUUAUAAGUGCCACAGAAGAAUCAGUAAACAAUGGAGAAAAAUGGUCAAUUCCUGUAACUUAUCUAACGGAUUCCGGAAAUAUUUCUAGGUUUUGGUUUGACAAAGUCGAGGACAAUGUUAAACUUCAAAUACCAGAUGCAAAAUGGGUAAUUUUCAACCCAAGUGGAAUGGCAAUUUAUAGAAUGGAAUUGUCAAACAAAUUAUGGGAUCAAUUAAUAGAUAAUUUUGCGGAGAUGCCCGUUUCAGUGACAGAAUCUAUACUUUUAGAUGUUUUUUACUCUUUCCGUACACGUAAAAUUAAUUGUCAUGUUUACAUGAGAUUAAUGAAUCGUGUAAAGAAAGUAGAUAGAGGAAAAUGGAUAUAUUUUCACUCUAUGCUCGAACACCUUAAAGAUCAUUUAAUCUGUCAAAAUCACAAGAAUGAAGCUAGUAUUUUAUGGAAAUUUUUCCAAAGGAGAUUAGAAGAAACAGGAUAUGGAAGACGUGCUCCAUUUAUUGAGGCUGAAUGUAAUAGUAAAUAUGUAAACGAGGAAGAAGGAUACAAGAAACAUAUAGAUACAUGUGCACAAUGGAUCAGAGAGCACAUCAAAGAGAAAGAUUCAAAUGAUGCUCACAACUGCCUUUUAGACUUCGAUCAGAACACAUCAUAUUUCGCAGUGUAUGAUGGGCACGGGGGCCACGAGGUGGCCCAGUAUUGCUCUCAAAAGUUGCCCAAAUUCAUUAAAGACUCUCAGGCGUACAAAGAUGGCGAUAUCAUUAAAGCCUUAACAGAAGGAUUUUUGGGAUUUGAUGCGACAAUUGCUACAAGGGAAGUCGUCAGUGUCUUGAAAGAAAUAGCUGGAGACAAGGAAGCAGAAGAAGAGAGCGAUGACGAAGAAAAUGUCGAUAAUUUAUAUAAAGAGGCCACCAUGCCAAUUGAGCAAGUUAUAGAAAAAUACACCAAUCUAGUAAACCCUACAUUGAAAAAUCUCAAGAAAGAUGGAGAUAAAUUUCCAAAAUCUCCCAACCUGAAAGGAAAAAAAGAAAAUGAAGAUGGAGUGGCCGCAGGUUCGUCAUGUUCAUCUGGCUCAGGAAUAAAUAGUACAGAAUGUCUUCCUUCAAGCAGUUCAGAAGAAGUUAGUAGCUCUAAUGCUGACGUUAAAGAAGAAAAAAAGUCAUCGGAUACCAAAGAGUUGCCAAAUUCGUUAGAAAGCAAUGGAUCUAUGCCAGAAAUUCAAGUAACAACCUCAGAUAGUGCAGUUCCAAAACAGGAAGAACCUACAAGUGAUGACAAGGAUGGAAACGAGGCCAAGGCGACUCAGAAUGGAGACACUGAGGACAAAGACACUCCUACUAUGGACGGCCGUUCAGCUCCUCAAGAAAAUGGUGAUGUAAACAAGAAAGGAAAAGGUAAGAGCAUUAAACCAAUCACUCUUAAAUCAAAUAUCUCUACGAGACCGAAAAGAAAUGCCAAACAAUUGUAUAAAACUUUAUUAGAUCUUGGGCAAGAUAGUGAAGAAGACACCGAAGAUGAAGAGGAUAAGACUUUCGAAGGUCCAAAUGAAGAGUCUUCCGGUGAUGAUGAUGAAGGAGUAAACAUUGCAAUUGAGGCAGAAGGUUCUGAAGAAGAUGCUUCUUCCGCCGAUGAUGAAGAGGAAGAGGGGGACGAGGAAGAAGAGGAAGCGGACGACGACGAAGAAGAUCUGGAAUUUGCGAGGAACAUGAAGGAAGAACCAGGUUCUGAUAGUGGGUGUACCGCUGUUGUAGCAUUGUUGAAAGGAAACGAGUUGUAUGUUGCUAACGCAGGUGAUUCUAGGUGUAUAGUAUGUAGAAAUGGUGUAGCUAUUGAUAUGAGUUUUGACCACAAGCCUGAAGAUGAACCAGAGAGGGAGAGAAUUGUCAAAGCAGGUGGUAAAGUGACAGCUGAUGGGCGUGUCAAUGGUGGCCUUAACCUAUCAAGGGCUGUUGGUGAUCAUGCUUAUAAGCAGAACAAAGAAUUGUCUGAUAGGGAGCAAAUGAUAACGGCUUUGCCAGAUGUCAAGACGCUGACUUUAAAUCCGGCGGAAGACGAAUUUUUGGUGUUGGCUUGUGAUGGUAUUUGGAACUUCAUGUCUAGUCAAGAAGUAGUUGAUUUUGUUAGGCCAAGAAUACAGGAAAAUGCUAAAUUAUCAGUUAUAUGUGAAGAGAUGUUUGACCACUGUUUAGCUCCAAAUACACUAGGUGAUGGUACGGGUUGUGAUAACAUGACGGCCAUAAUAGUUUCAUUUAAAUCGAACAUUUUAAAACGAUCUGCAUCACCGGAAUCAGCCAGCGACAGUGAUGCCGUUUCGAAAAAGGCAAAGACUGAAGACGUAAAAGGUGAAACGGUUUCAACAGCCGUUUGAAUUAUCCAAUUUUUUUUUAAUAUAUAAAUUGUACCGAAAAUAUUUUGGAAAAGGACCAGAGUUAUUAUUAUCUAAGCACGUCACCCAUAAUUUAUUUAUCAAUUUGUUUACAGCUCAAUCAUGUUAAAAAUUUAAUGUGAUUAGAAGGUAAAAUCUAAUAGCAAUAUCUGGUCCUUAUAUGAGAUAUUCGGUAUUUAGAUUAAGUAACAAUAUGUUUAUAUGUUAUAUUAAUUCUUAUUUCCCAGUUUUAGUCGUUUUUUUUUUGUAAAAAGUAUGUUUUCUGGGGUAUAUUUUAUAGGUGAAUAGCAAAUGUUAAAAUUUUGCAAAGAUUAUACAGUUUAAAUUUUAAAUGUAAAACUUAUUUUUUUAUUCCUUGUAACUUUUCGUAUUAAUUAAAAUUACUCCUAAUUCAUAUUGUCACUAAAGUUUAAAUAUUUGAAUUAUAUGAAUCGCAUGGGACAGAAUCAUACAUCUUAGUACUGAAAGUUUUAUUUCGUUAUAUUUAUUUUUCAUUGAAUAACAAUUUCAAGAUUAUGAAAUGUAUCUAUAUGAAGUGUAUCUAUAAGGAAAUAGGGAAACUUAAUGUGUAUUUAGUCAGCCUGAUUUUGUUUUAAGGAUUAAAAUUUGGACGGCAUUAAGCAGAAAGCUACCAACCCUCAAUAAUCUAUGAGAUAAUCAGCUCUAAAGUUUUUGUUCGUUUAAGAAAGCUAUAGGAUUUGAGUUAGCAUUUUAUAGUUUUAUAGGGUAUAUAAUUAACUGAGGCUUGGUAGGUUCUUACAGAAUGCAGAACAUCUAUUUUAUUACUUAAAUCCGCACCCAACCCAAUAUCUGGUAAAUUGAGGGUUGAUAGCUUUCUGCAUAACCGUUUAUACAAAAUAUUUAAUCAUAAUCAUAAGAUUUCAUAAAUCAUUGAAAAUGAAAAAAAGACAUGUGGUAACUACUUCUGAGGUUGCUCAGAUAAUUAUUUCACAAUUAUUAUUAAUAAAAAGAUGUAGAAAAAGAAUUUAAAAGAUCAAAAGUUUAUAAAGUUAAGACAUUUUUUAAACGGACAUGAGCAAUUGUAUAAAUUUUCAUUCUUUUCAGUCCUGGGUUCUCUAACUAUACUUCGAAAGUAGCAUUUAUGGUGCGUGUAAUGCUUGGCGGCUACCCCCAAGUAAGAAAAGUCAAUUUCCUCUAUUGUAUUGUUAAAAACUAUCUCCUAAACCCUCCUAAGUAGCAGAAACCAAUUAAAAAGUAUAUUAUUUCAAAAAAGAAAAAUGGGAAUGUCAAUUGUUGAGAGCAAAACCUUAGCAUUCACUUACUUACAAACCUUGGUGAAUUGUCCUAAAGGACAUUAUCCAUAAAAUGAAUUGAAGAACAAUUGUAUUAUCGAAAUUAUCUAGUAUAAAAGUGACCAUCUGACUUUAAAAAGAAUACAAAAUUAAAUAAAAUCUUCAGUGCCAAGAAUUUAGAAGAAUAUGUAAACUAAUUAUCAAGUGCAGAAGAGUGAGGACAUAAGUCCGACGCACGAGGGUGCAGCUUUUCCACUUAACAAAAUUUGAAAAUAUAACUUUUCCUGGGUGGAUAGUCCUCGAAUUAAGCCCAUAACCACAUUAAAGAAGAAGCAUUAAUUCCAAUGUCAACGCGUUGUCAAUGACAAGUGACGGCUGAAGUGAACGUGGCAAAUUGCGUAAAUCUAAGUAAAUUCCAAGCAUCAGUAGAGCAAAAUCAAAAAAUCUAAAGCAAUUGAAGAUCAAAAACCAUAAGAAAUACAGAUAAAAACAAAAAGUAAGGAAAUGAUGGUCCAAGAGCCAGACGCAAAACUUGCAGUUUCCUUAUGAAGACAUCCUAAAAAAAACAAAACACUGGGUAGAUAGUGCAAGCUAAGCCCAUAAAGAAGACAAGUGACGGCCUCUUUUUUACCACAAAAAAUUCAGCUCUGAACGAUAUUAUUUUCAGAAAUUGUUUUUAAAAAUGGGGUCAGAGUUAGUACGGUAAAGAAUGGUGGAAAGUCUAUAGUUUGAUUUACUUUUAAUGCCUAAUAUUUUAAUAUGUGAUAUUUAACAAAUAUUUAAAAUUUAUGGACUUUCCACUAUUUUUUAUAGUAUUUAAAAGCUAAAACACAAAAUACACUCUUUUAUUUUUGCCUUAUUAUUUCAGGAAACUUGUGUUAAGAUUUAAAAAUGCACUGUCGAUAAGGUUUUGAUAACAAGAAAUUUGCAACUGUGCUAAAAGUUUUCUAACCUAAGAAAAAAGUUGAGUUGGGUCUUAAGUUGGUAAAAAUAAGAAAAACCAAACUUAGUAGAUUUUCGCAAACACUUUUAUUUAAAAAAUAAAAAUUACUCAUGACAAUUGUUUUGAAGUACGCCUUCUUUGAUAAAAACCAAACAUGUCAAAGAAGAAGUUGUCAUGAGUAAUUUUGAUUUUUUAAAUAAAAGUGUUGGGGAAAAUCUACCAUGUUUGUUUUUUCUCAUUUUAACAAUAUGGAUUUUCACCAAGUAAAAGCAGAAACAAUAAAGGACAUUAAGUUAUAUUUUAUUUGUCUUCCCUAUGUUUAUGAUUAUGUUAUUCUGUAAUACUCGCUGGUUUUUUGUAUAUAUUUUCUACAAUAAACUGUGGGUAUUUAUUAUUUUUCUUAAAAUUAUUACUUGAAGACUGACUUAUUGAAACUAGACUUUAACCCUGUAUUGGUUUCGAAGAGAAAUUACAUAAUCUGAAAGGGUACUUACUUAUAGGUCUAACUUAGAUGUCUAUCAAGUCUGUUUGAGCAGUUUAAUGCACUAGGGUUUUCUACCAAAAAUUAAUUUAUCCUACCAAUGCGUGAUUCGUCACGGAUAAAUAUGCGUGAACCUUUUUUCAAAAAUGUGUAAUGACGAACCAUAUUGCUUGGAUCCGAAUAUGGAAAACCAAAGAAAAAUUCAAGAAUCUUGCAUGAACAUUGUAUCAAAAGUUCUGGAUGAAUUUAAUUAUUCAGAUCUAAUAAGUUUUGAGGACGAAGAAGGGGCUGGACCUUUAUGGCUGUCUAACAAAUCGAAAAAUGACAUGACAUCAUUAGAUACUUCAGUAUCUGCCAACGAAAUUUCUAUUAAAAUGAAAUCAAAAAAGAAAUUAAUCGAAAAACUUUGGCAACACAAAGAAAAAAAAAGAAGUGAUCUUAAUGAAAAUAUUACUUCGGAAUUAACUGAUUUUGUUAUCAGUGAUACCACAUCAGAUUUACCAAAAUCAAAAACCAGUACAUCAGAAAUCAAAAAAUUGUUAGAGAAGAUGAAGCAAAGAAAAGUAACAAAAGAGAAGCCUGUUGCUGUUAUGUUUAAAAUUACAAUUUCGUUUUUAUACAAGGAUUUUGAAAAUAAAUAUUUAGUUAAUAAACUAGGUUAUUAAAGAAGUAGAAACAGAAAGAAUAAAGAAAUGGGAACAAAGUCCUUUUCCUAUUUUACGACCGUCUCGAAUUUGACGUUUUGCCGCCGGAAACUAGGUUAUUAAAGAAAUAAAAACCUAAAGAAUUGGGAACAAAGCCUUUUCCUAUUUUACGACCGUCUCGAAUUUGACGUUUUGCCGUCGGAAACUAGGUUAUUAAAGAAAUAGAAACAGAAAGAAUAAAAAAAUGGGAACAAAGUCCUUUUCCUAUUUUACGACCGUCUCGAAUUUGACGUCACACACACAGUAAUUGAGCCAAGUCGAGAAGGUUCCCAUCCUGUUAAAUAUGAUUGGUAUGCCAUUCCUUCUAAAGGGCUGUGAAGGAUGACAUAUUGUCAGCAUUUAGACAGGGUUUGCUGAGGGCAUUUCCCUGUUUUGUCGUCCGUUUGUUUGUCAUGUGUGUGCCGUUCUGUGAAAGUCGCAACCUGUGAAAGUUCCCCCAGUCUCCUACUUGGCGACUGGAGGGACCUUCAACCCCAGGUGGUUAGUCGUCAGUUGCUCAGUCCUUGUCUGAAUCGCGUGAUGCGCUCUGUCGGGUAUUCUGAAAGAGAACGCUGAAAGAAAAAUCUCAAAUCUAUGAGACUCUUGAAUUUUACACCCAAGGGUCAGUCACUCGCCGCCAUAGUCCAGCACCUUGUGUGGUCUGGCGCGUCUUCUAUAAUCCGCUCUUUCGUACUCUGUGAGUUCUCUUAUCUCAAUAUUCGGGUGAGUUCUUAAUUUUUCGAAGGUGUCUGUGACCUUCUUGUGUAUGAGGUCUAGGACUCUUUUGGAUUCUAGAUCCCUCCUGAUAACGUCAUUUCGGGUGUAUCUGUAUGCGUUUGAGGCCCAUCUUAAGCUGAUGUUCUGCUGGCUUUGGAUCUUCUUUCUGCGUGUUCUACAGGUGUGUAUCCCCAUGCCGUCGAUGCGUACAUGAGGAUAGAAAUAAUGACAGCCUGUAUGAGUUUCAUUUUUGUCUGUAAUAAAAGUUUACUUUUACGUCCUAUUAGGCAGUUUAGUCUUGAUCUAGCUUGUUUUGUUUUCUUGACUACCAUGUCCACGUGUUUUGUGAAGGUAAGUUCUUUGGCCAUGAUUACUCCUAGGUACCUGGCUGAGUCGGUCCAUGGGAUGUCCUGUCGUUACUUCUUCUCCUAGAGAGUGAUCUCUCUUCUUGAACAGCACAGCCUGUGUCUUCUCUGCGUUGAUCUUUAUCUUCCAUCUAAUGCACCAUUCUUCUAUGUCUUCCGCUGCGUCUUGUAGAUAUCUUGAUAUGAGUCCUGGCUGUGUUCUCGUGGCUGAUAUCGCUGUGUCGUCCGCGUAGAGGGACAUGGUAGUAGAAUUUGACGUUUUGCCGUCGGAACUAUUUAUACUAACACAAAAGGAGGAUGGGGAUAGAAUUUCAGGAAAGGAAAGCGUUUUUGAAUGAGGCUUUUGCUGCUUGGUAUGUAACCGACUUAAGUGAACCUGAACAAUAUUGGAAUUAUUUUUUUUUUCUACUAGGUAGAUACAAUAUAUUUGUGUUUUUUUUUCACUUUUUGUAUAUUUGGAACUCUCCUAAUUCAUGUAACCAUUUAAUAUUUGUCACCACUGAUAUUUAAUUCAAUUAACCUGCAAUUUUAGGAUCUGGACUUUUUCUUUUCUUAUCUGCAUAUUUCCGAGAAAGAAAAAAAAUCAACUACAAAAAAAAGGUCUUGUCACCACUGUAAUACCCGCUGGUUUUUUGUAUACAGUAUGGUUCAAAUGAAAGGAAUAAAUUCAUUAUAAUGGAAGUAGUUGGUUUUUCGAAAAAAUGCUCGGACAGGUCAAUUUUGUUUACUCAAAGCGCAAUUUUUUUAAAUAGAAUUCAAUUUUCCCCCACUUCCAUUUUUGGGCAGUUACGUCAUUGACAAUUUUUUUAAAUAGUAACCCCAAUUUUUUUUUUCUUGAUUUUGAUAGAUCUUGCAAUUUCCUAUUUGGAAACAUAAUAUUUGAAAUAUCUUACAUAACAAUUUUUUUUCUUAAAAGUUAUUUCUUUAAAAUUUCUGAUUAUUACAAUUCUGUAUAAACUAAAUGAGGCUGACUAAACGAACCUUUAAAUACUGUUCAUUAACAGCAAUUUCCAAUUCUUAAGGAUACCCAACACAGAAGCAUUGUAAAUAAUAACAACAUGAGUGAAUUCCUACAGUUCAAUAUGUGAAAGUAAGAGCCUUUUUGAAGGACCAAUUAUAGUUGGUGAAAACUCAGAUUUCUCGAUAUAAUCAUUGAUCAAAUUGAAGUGAUAAUACUUACAUAAAAGAAUGAAAUUGCCAUCUCUUAAAUUUAGACACGGCACAUUUUUAAACUUUGCAAUAUGUGAGCUUGGUCUUCUUAAUAAUUAGAAGAUCCUGUUAUUGAUGUGUUAACUCAGGCGUAUUUAAAUUUAAUUGUAUGUUAGACCAUGAUUGUCGGCCGAAACUAGUCGUUAAUUUGUAAAUAAAUGUCCAAUUUUGUGGUUACCACAGUUGAUCAUUUUAUAUUUGAAACUAAGUGAUUUAUUUGAAUUAAGUGAUAUAAACUACUGCCUUUUAGAGAUCUGUGUUGGUUAUAUUGUAUAAUCUUUGCACAUAUUAAUUUGAUUAUAAAAAAACUUAUUCCAUGGUAAUUUUUUUCAAACAACAGAAUGGCAGGUUCCGUUAUACGUUAUACAUAUUUUAAAGAUUCACUUGUAAAAAGAACCAUGUAAUUUUUAACGUCUUACAUGACUGAUGUGCUAAUUGAAGUAUACAAUAUCUCCUUUUUGUUAGAACUGUAUGGAAUAGUAUCUUGGAUAAAAAAAUGUGUGUAUGACAAUGUUAGAAUGCAACAAAUGAAGAAUAAUUAAUGUUUAUUGUGAAAAUAUUUUUGAUUCAAAUUUCAAUUACAUUUUACCAUUGGUAUACAGUGCCCGUUUUUCCGUAUUUUUAUAUUUGUAAUUAUGGUAUUUACCAUGUUUUUAUUUAUUUUUGUUUAAAAAACGCACAAUCUUUAACUAUGUAAACAUUUGACUUUUUUAAAUCAUUUGUUAGUUAAAAAUUAUUAAUUUUUAUGAUAUAAAUGAGGUGUUAACAAAUAGAAAAUUAUUUCAUUCCUAUUACUAUUUUUUUUUGCUUAAUUUUUCAUUAUUAUACCAGAGUUAUCAUCUAAAUGCUUGUGUGGUCUAAUAUAUUACAUUCAAUGCUUAAAGUAAGGAAUAAACUCAAUAACCCACAUAAGAACAACUUCGAAGAGGUCGAUUUUGUUAGUAAAAUGCUUUUGAAAGUGACCGAGUCCAACAAACCGAAAUAAAUCCAUUAAUUCCCCUCAAACAGUACAAAGUAUUUUAAUUUUUUAUACAUUAUAUACAAAACGCAGUAAAUCCCAUAAUAAAUCAUAAUGCAUUUAUUUCAUAACUAUGAAGUGAAUAAAAAAUUGAUUUUUCUUGAUGAUUGUUAUUGAAUUUAUUCCACACUUUAAGUACGGUAUAUAUAAAUAUACGAUUUUAGCGUUAUCAAUUGACAUUUUUUUAUUUAAAAUAUUUCACAGAAUUGUUUUAACUUCAAUUUAAAAUGCCAUGGUAGAGGUGCCUUCAGUUCAGUUGUAAAAUCCUAUGGCGAAUUUUCAUUUUGUAAAAUAAUUGUAUUUUUAUGUAGUUUGUAUUAAACUUUGCGAGUUUUUUUAA